UUCUCUGGUUCUAUGAAAGAACUUAUUUUGGGGAAAAACAUGAUCCGUGAUACUUUUAAUGCCAAUUUAUUGGCAGUUUAACAAAUAUGUUGAAGAGUUCAGGGAAAAAUAUUAUUGAAGCAGUUUAUCUGUCAGUGGGCAGUUUUUAAGAAUUAUUUUGUUAAUGGAGUUAUUGAAGUCUUAAUGAUUCAGUUCAUAUAUCUUAUUAGAUGUUUUGGUGUGGAAUAUCGCUGAGUAUUUUUAUGAGUUGUGUGGUAUUUUGAUGAGCCCAUAGGGCGAGUCAAAAUACAAACAACUUGUAAAGAUACUCAGCGAUACUACACACUAGAACAUAUAAUAAGAGAUUUAUUAUCCAACUGUUGUAGUCAAUAAAUUUAUCAGUGAAAGAGGGAGAGUGGGACAGUUUUACAUGCGUGCGCUGACUUGUCUGGCAAACAGGUUUUCUACUGUACAAAUAACUGUACAAUAUCGUUGUAUAUUUGUACUGUUAUUUGGAUGGUAUUCGCUACAGUUGGAUAAUAAUUCUACUUAUUAUGUUAUGUUUGGGCUGUUUGAUUAUUUUACAGGAGAGCAUACAACAGUCAGAGGGCAAGAUCAAUGAAGAAAAAGUUCAAAGCAUUUAGUGCUCCCCCAUUUGUAUUGAAAGCUGUGAUGGCUGGCCAGGUGUGGGAAGAAGGAGAUGAAAGUUACCAUCAGGAGCUGAUGGUUCCUGCAUUGUUAAUUUAUGGAGCUCAGGAUAAAUUUGUAACUCUCGAAGAAGAACAGUGGAUGCAGGAGGUGAUAUACAGUUCAUCACUGGAGGUUAUUCAAGAUGCAGGCCAUAUGGUCAUGGUAGAAUCUCCUGUGAACCAUGAGUCUUCCUUCUCCUUUCUAACAUCAAUAUUCAGGGUAAACUGGUUAAUACACAAUUUUCUGCAACGUGAUCCCACCACGAGAUCACUACACAGAGAGUCAUGUGAUCUUUCCUCAAAAGCAUCUAUUCAUGUUGCAACAAACAAUGAUGUAACCAAUACUCAAAAUGAGGCUGGGCCACUUCAGACAGUCACAGAAUGUUUUAGUGAAGAAGUCAGGAGGCGUUCAAGUGGACCGCUGUUAGAACCUUUAGAUGCAGAGAGUUUGAAGGAUGUCAGACGAGGUUCACGAUCAUCUCUUAACGUUCCUGGAACCAUUACGUCAACAAGAAGGUCAUCAGCAGAUGGAGAUGACGUUGAAGAAGUAGUCAUAGCAUCACCCCCGAGAAGCUCAGAGAUACGUUUAGAAAUACCACAAACUGAUGACACCGGUAACAAGGCUCCCCUGGUGGAUAUUGCAGAUAACAGGGUCGAGGCUUCUGCAAGUGAUGUUCAUUGUUUGGACAGUUUGUCAGAUCUGGACAAGAGAAAAUCCAGUGAAAAUGUCAGUGCAUUAGUGACUGGUUCAUUGUCUCCGAGUUUAGGAGCAGUUCAUAUUAUGAGACCUUUAGCAGGUGUGGCUUGGACAAACAAUACUGCCAAUGCCAGGGCGAAGAGCCGAUAUUCUCUACGGUCAUUUCUAAGACCAAAGACACAGCAAAGUGAGAAUGUCACAGGCUCACAAAGUGCGCCACCAAGUCCAGCUAGCAGUAGAUCUGCUAAAUUUUAACAGAUUCAUUUUAGUAUUAUUUUAAGCAGAAUGAAAUUGGCUCAAGUGCACUCUUGAGUGCAUUUAGCAGUGGAUCUGCUAAAUUUUAAUAAUUUUUUGCUAACAAUUUUAUAAUUAUUAUUAUUUAAGCCUGGAUGAGUAAUCUCAGAUGACUUGCUUCACCCACACAUUCUUAAUGCCCGUGCACACACUGCAACAUUACAUGCAAAUCGUUUCUUGAGUUAGACUAGGAGCAGUCAGUUUAGGUUCCUUAAAAAUUCUCUGUCUAAAUGGAAAAAUUAAAAUUAUUCAAAUUGGGAAAGAAACAAGAAGGGACCAAGGCAAGACAGGCCACAUGCAGCCACAUUUUGCACACCAUGGCUGGUGUGGAAAAUUACUUCUGAUGUUUAAUAUAUAGAUUUAGCCAAGCCUAAACACGGAGCUUGUUCAAAGCUCGAUUAAGCUAACCCAGGAUAAGCAAGAAUUUUGAUUUGAGUUCUUUAACUUUGCGGUGAGAUUUUCUGUUUAUAUUGUUUUGGCAUUCUGUUUUGGUUUAAAUAAUCUCAAGAAAAAUCUAUACUUUGGAUAACUUUUAACCCUGGGUUAGCAUUAAAUGGCUUCCGAACAACCCAGCCCUGAUAACAGCAAGUUAACCUGAUAUAAGUCUGUGAUCCAAUCGAAAACCAGCACUUGGUCAGCGGUCACCUUCCAAAAAACACAUGACCUCAGUGAGCUCUAAACUUGAGGGUACAAUAUGGUCAUGUGGUACUACUACUAGAUACCUUGUUUUGACAGGUGUCAGGUGUCAGGUGUUAAUGGAUGUCCUAGAUCAAAGAGGGACACUAAACCAAGGCUGUACUGUAUGUUUCUGUCAACCUAUCAGCUGGAGUAUGACCGCCAUCUUGCGUGACUCCGCUGCCUCCGUUGUGCAUACGUACCUACAAGCAAUACUGUUAGCCAUGAUAACCAUGAGAAAAUCAACUCAUGGGUUUUGUUUUCUUUCCUGUAUGAGUAUGGGGCUCCGCUUGGUGGCCCUUUGGGCCACCGGAGCACCGUUACAAUUAUAAUUACCUGACCAAUCAUGCAAUAAGAGUGCUAUGGCUUUUACUGCUUUAGCUCCAGGAGAAAAUGCAAAGAAGAAAAGCAGUCUCAGUGGUAUUGUUAAUGAUUUGAUUGGAUGUUGAAUAGGUCAGACUUUGAAACAUUGUUACAUGCCAUGUUGUGGAAGAACCAGUAGACCUAAUGAGAACCUUCUGAAACCUUGUGUGCAACAAUGUAUGGAGGUUAAAAAUAAUUAUGAUGCAAUCUAGUCUUGACACAUAAUCUUGCAGGGUGUGUCAGGAUCUUUAGUCAGAAGAGUUAAACAUACAUUGUUUGUCAAUCAUCAUGUGUUGCACCGGGAGACAGAUUUACAUCUCAUGUGUUUCAUAUGCCUGUAUAAAUGAACCAAUGAUUGUAAAUAGCAUGGUUGUAUUUUUCCAUUGUCAGUAAUAAGCAUUUAAAAUAAUUAUAAUAUUUGAAAUGCAAAUACUAUUUAUUAAAAUUUGACACCCUAGUUGUCAGUGGGCAUGCUUGUUGUAACUUGAA